AUGAGUGCACGGCUUCGUGCUCGGCCGACCGGAGACGAAUUCACGUCCUGGGACUUGGCAUCGUUUGUCUCCAAAUUCCAUUUGAACACAGGGUCAGAAGUUGAGAAUUCCACUAUUGAGAAACAACGGAAGGAGCUGCAGCUGCUCAUUGGAGAAUUAAAAGACCGAGAUAAAGAGCUCAAUGAUAUGGUCACGGUGCAUCAAAGACAGCUGCUUUCAUGGGAAGAAGAUCGGCAGAAAGUGUUGACUCUGGAAGAACGUUGCAGCAAAUUAGAAGGUGAACUGCAGAAAAGAUCAGAAAUUAUCAAGUCACUGAUGAAGAAGGUGAAAGUCUUGGAAUCUAAUCAGAGUGAAUGCCAGUCGGUCCUUCGGAAGACACAGCUCCAGCUCCAGGAGAUGGUCCAGAAAGCCACACACUCCUCGCUCCUCUCAGAAGACCUUGAGGCUAGAAAUGAAAAUCUCAGCAACACAUUAGUGGAACUUUCUGCUCAAGUAGGACAAUUACAAGCUAGAGAACAGGCUCUCACCACAAUGAUAAAGCUAAAGGACAAAGAUAUAAUUGAGGCAGUCAAUCACAUUGCAGAUUGCUCCGGUAAAUUUAAAUUACUAGAGCAUGCUUUACGUGAUGCUAAGAUGGUGGAGACCUGUAUUGUGAAAGAAAAGCAAGAUUACAAGCAGAAGCUGAGGACUCUGAAGAUUGAAGUCCAUAAGCUGAAAGAGGACCUAAAUGAAAAGACAACAGAAAAUAAUGAGCAACGAGAAGAGAUUAUUCGCCUCAAGCAAGAGAAAAGUUGCCUGCACGAUGAAUUGAUUUUUACCGUAGAGAGAGAAAAAAGGAAAGAUGAGUUACUGGAUAUUGCAAAGUCCAAGCAAGAACGAACCAACUCUGAACUGCAUAAUCUGAGACAGAUAUAUGUGAAACAACAGAGUGACCUGCAGUUUCUUAAUUUCAAUGUGGAAAAUUCUCAGGAAAUGAUUCAGUUAUAUGACUCAAAGACGGAGGAGUUGAAGGCCCUAGAAUCCAGCAGAGACAUGUCUUUAUCUGACCUUGAAAAUAACUAUUCAAAAAUCGAUAUUAAGAGGGAGAAAAAUCAGAAGUCACUGGUUAAGGAUCAAAAAUUUGAGGCCUUGUUGGCUCAAAAGGCAAACAAAAACUCUUGUGACAUGUGUAAGGAGAAAAAGUUACAGAUAAAUAGUGCACUCGGAGAAAAAAAGGUAAUUACACUCUCGUCUUUGCUUACCAAAGACCUAAUGGGCAAGCAGAAGUGUUGGUCUUUGGGUGGAAAAAUCCAGAUUGAACCCGAAAACAAAAUCGCAUUGUGCAAAAUGCAUGCACGAUGCCUACGAGACCAUGAAUUCGGGGUUCUGAACGAAGAGAAGCAGCUCUCGGAAGGGUCGCUGCCUGAAGAAAAGCAGUGGCAGGACGUCAACGUUUACCUGGGCCUGACCAGCUGUUCCGACUCUCGAGAGCCGGAGAGGCUAGACGUGGACUGUCACGACCCAGCAGAUAGGUCUGAUGUCUCCUGUGCACCGAAGGACGACGGAUGUCUGGGUGAGAGCAACCUGUGUGUGUCCAAGUGCUGCCACCCGAGUCACUUGGUCAUUGAGGCUCCGGGCCACAUGUCUGAUGCUGAGUGGAUGAACAUCUUCAAGCCUGGCAGAGGGCAUAGGAUUGUGCGCCACAAGAAUGUGUGCUCAUGUGCGGGCAGCCUCAGCGGGACCAAGUACAACUCCUCCUCCACAAGUGAACUCCUUGCCCUCCAGCAUUCCCACUCUUUGGAUUCUUCAAAAUCUGCCGGUAGAGAAGAUGAGAGCGAGGUCCUGCCUGAGAAAAAGAACCUGUCCAAGGCUUUGGUCCUCAGCAAGGAUACAGCGCUGUCUGGUGAGAAGGAUGACUUUUCGCCCACAAGUAAGCUUCAGCGGCUGCUGGCGGAAUCCCGGCAGAUGGUCACAGAUCUGGAGCUGAGCACGCUGCUGCCCCUCAGCUGUGAGAAGCACUCCAGCAGUGACAGAAAUAAUCUAGAAGUAUUAGAAGAAUCAGUUCAAAAGAAUGUCAUUGUCAGUCACUGAAGGAAGCAAGCUAGCUGGUUAUCCUGGUUCAGUUCCAGAUACCUGAGAAUCGCUGUCUCCAGAACCCAGAGCUUUCACUGCCUUUGCUGGGCCUGACCCGUGUGGGAGGCGAUGGUGAAAGUUCACCAUGUUGCUGCCUGUGACGUGCGUGACAUGAGGUGGAUCCGCCCCAGCCCAGCCCAGCCCAGCCGUGCCUCAGCCAGGCCUGCUGUCGUUGACUUACACACCACCAGCAUCUAAACAGGUGUUUUUAUACACAGACUCAAACACUGCUGUUUUAACUUGCAAAGUAAUUGAUUUUUUUUUAAAGAAUAUACUUUGUAACUCUAUUCCCUUCUAAGAGAACUGAUCAGCUUCAGUCAAUAAAAAUAUUUUUAAUAAUA